UUUGCAGCCAUGAGUGCAUCGGACAGUGAUGAGGAACUCUACAACGAGCGGACGGCUCUGGUUCCAUCAGAGAACCCCGCGGUUCCGUCUUACAUACCGGACUUGGACCACAGCCCAACAGAGGACUCCCACAGUAAAGCGGCGGGGUUUGGAAGGCGGACUCGUCCAGGUGGCGGCGGCGGUUUGGAUCAGGAGGCGGAACUCGAGGAGGAGGAGGAGGAGCUGUCCCUGAAGUACGGAGCAAAGCAUGUCAUCAUGCUGUUCGUCCCCGUCACCCUCUGCAUGGUGGUUGUGGUCACCACCAUCAAGUCCAUCGGCUUCUACUCUGAGAAGACCACCCAGCAGCUGUAGGUCCCGGUUAAGCGAAUCACUGUCUGCAUAUCCAAAUACAGAUCAAUCCCAGGCUUGUUUUCUGCAUCCUGCAUAGUCCGGCUCCUUCAUAUGGUGCAGCUCCUGAUUGUGGAAACAUUCCGAUUCUGAAUCAUCAUCUUUUUUGUUUUUUUCGGUGCUGCCAGUGAGGUGUUUAAGACGUAUAACCUAGCAGUGGAUUAUCUGACGGUGGCUAUGAUCAUCUGGAACUUCGGGGCGGUGGGGAUGGUGUGCAUCCACUGGAAGGGGCCCCUGCAGCUGCAGCAGGCCUACCUGAUCGUCAUCAGCGCCCUCAUGGCCUUGGUCUUCAUCAAGUACCUCCCUGAGUGGUCCACCUGGGUCAUCCUGUCUAUUCUUUUCCUGUUUACUCUCCCAUCAUGCCUUGCUGCAGACCUCGUGGCCGUCCUCAGUCCUAAAGGACCCCUCCGGAUGCUGGUGGAAACGGCCCAGGAGCGGAACGAACCAAUCUUCCCCGCCCUCAUCUACUCCUCCGCCAUGAUGUGGACGGUGACCAUGGCCAAUCCGUCUGAUGCUCAGCACUCCGACACAGAUGACGAGGCGGAGCUAAAUAGCAGGAGGGAAGUGCCUGCGAGCCGACAACCAAAUCAGACGCAGGAAGAUGAGCUGGAAGAGGAACGGGGCGUGAAGUUGGGGCUGGGAGACUUCAUCUUCUACAGCGUCCUGGUUGGAAAAGCUGCAGCGACUGGAGGAGACUGGAACACCACUCUGGCCUGCUUCGUGGCCAUCCUCAUCGGUCUGUGCCUGACGCUGCUCCUCUUGGCCAUCUUUAAGAAAGCUCUGCCUGCACUGCCCAUCUCCAUCACCUUUGGCCUCAUCUUUUACUUCUCCACUGACUUCCUGGUUCAGCCUUUCAUGGACAGCUUAGCCAAUCACCAGUUCUACAUCUGAGAUGAAGCUCCGCCUCAUUCCUGCCCACCUCCUCCUUGUUGGUCUCACAGCCUGCUGAUCUGCCUGCUGCUGCCAUCCGAUGUGACGCACAAAGACCCCUUCCUGAGCAGCAGGAAGUGAUGUCAUACGCUCUCUGACCUUAUGGUGUCACCUGGUGGUCUCCGCUCUGCGUUUUCAGAGGAGACGCCCUCGGAUGUUUCCAAUUGAUAUGCAACGACCGGGAUCUGAAAGUGGGUGGGGCCACAGGGUUAGUUAGGUUUUUUUUUUUUUACUUUUCAUCUGAUUAAAUCCAACAUGACCUCCUGCAGCUCCAAAUACACUACCCACAAUCCUCAGGUCAAAGAAGUCUGUUAAAUGUAAUCUCACUUGAACUCUGGGAUUGGACACUGCCUGUUGAAAAGCAUCAUGGGAGUCGUAGUUUCCCUGUAAUGUUUACAAGCUGUUUUAGAUAUUAUCCUUAAAGAAUUAAAUAUUUUACUACACUAUCAUCUGUCUAACCAGAGAACUCAAUUUCAAAAUAAAAGCCUCCCUGGAAGAACUAAAAGCAAAAAAUGAAAUUAACUUGGUCGUUUGUAAAACCUAGUUCAUUAUUUACAUGUGAUGAAAAGUUUCUUAUAUUAUUGACCCAUCUGGGUCUCCGUAUAUCGGAAUGUUGAUUUUCUGGGUUUGCCUUUUUUUUUAUGAACCCUUUCAGCUCUUAUUUCUCUGUAAAUGUUCAAAUUAAAUGAAUUUAACUGGAACAAGAGCUGCUGUCUGAGAUUUUAGGAGUUCUUAAACACGACAAAGACUGGAUGUAAUUUGGACCUUUUAACCAAAAGUACGUGGAACCCGAUCACCAGCUUCUUCAAACGUGAUCUUAAUUAACCUUUGAAAGUUCAGGGCGGUCCAGCCAGAGGCCC